AUGGGCAAUCAGAGACUCAACAACCAGGGUAAAGAACGAAAGUGUUCUCGAUGUCAUAGGGACACGGAAUACUACUGUAACACGUAUGAACAUGACCUGUGUCUACAGUGUAAAGAGAGACAUGUUAUUGAUCUAGAUACAAAACACCAUGAUGUGAUUUAUCGCGAAAAAUAUGAAAACCCAACAAAGCAUGAAACCUGUGAGAUACAUCCAGACAUGAUUUAUGAUAAGUAUUGUCAUUCAUGUGAACUUCCAGUCUGUGUAAAAUGUGCACAACAAAAAAAUCACCAAAUGCUGGACAUAACAACAGUAUAUGAAACAAAAUGUCAUCAAAACAGAGAAAUCAUUAACAAUAUCAGAAGUGAGACUAUCUAUAACACUUGUGUUCUGCUCAUAGGAAUCAAAACUGAUAUAGAGAGAUGUCAAAUCGAAAUCUCAAGCCAUCUAUCGGAGAUGUCAAGAAAGGCUCAGACACUAAAGGACCUCAUUGACACAGUGAUAUGUGAUGCUAAUUUCAGACAUAAAACUUUAAUGAUUCAAAGAUUACAACAACAGAUCAGAAAAAUGAAUAGAUACUUUGCCAGCUUAGAGACCCUUGAACACAGACUUGAACAGUCAGCAAACAGACCCGUCAAAUUACUCUUAUUUCUUAGGAAACCCCGUGUUUCCAUGAAAAAGAAUAAUGCUAAACUUACAAAGCACAUAAUGCUCUCCAUGACUAAAGAAAUAAACAGAAAGAAUGUUACUAAGUAA